AAUUUUAUGUAAAACCCGUCAAAAACCCCAGCCCCUAUAUGCAGACACAAUCUAUAAAUUAUAUCGAUUAAAUUGUUUCUCAAAAACCCUAAAUCCCUUCAUCUGUUUCUUCUUUGCCAGCUUUGAAAAUGGGAUCUCGCUGCAGAUCUAUUGCAAAAUCAAGUUAUUCAAUCUUCAAAUUCACUGUUAACAAACCCACACUCAAACCAAACUCCUUACCUUCUCUUCCUUCUACUCCGUCCUCUUUUAAAUGUUCAAGGUCAUUUCCUCAAUUGGGUGCUAUUCAAUCUCUGCUUCCUCUGCACUCAGCUGUGUCUUCUGCUCGGCUAACCUCCUGCCUUGGCAUUGAUUCGACCAGUUCCAGGUCGUUGUCUCAGGGUAUGCUCUGCAGUGCCAACCCAGGAGUUUAAUAUAAUCUCCAAAUCUUUUUGUUUACUUUGUAACUUGGUCUCAGCGUACCGCGAUAACAAAUUGAUUAUAGAAGAUUGGUCGAUGGAUCACCGUUAUUGCCUCUCUUCCGUUACAUCUUCAUUCCGUAUAAUUUAAAGCUCCAUCCAAGCGGGGUUAGCUGCAAGGUUUUAAAAUUUUGUUGGAUACCAUAUGCGUUCUCAUGGAUCAAAAGCAUGAAUUUUACAGAAUCUUAUUAGAUCAGAAUAACUAAGAAUCCUUUUCGUUACAGUUUUGUACUUGGGCUAUAUUGAGUUUUGAUUAUUCAAAAGUUUUUCUUUCUUAAAAGAAUGAUAUCUUCAUGGGGAAUGGACCAUGUACAUGAAGCAAUGUAUUAAUUCAAUUUGAGAAAGGAUUGUAUUAUUAGGGUGGAAUUGAAGUAUUAAAUUGGGGAACGUGAUAUACACGUGGAGAAAGUAGGGAGGUUGAUGAGAUAUUGUCUAAAUGCUCCCUUUUGCUUUGA